AUGCCAUUACUGUUCCUUCUCUUCGGAAAAUUGACAGAGGAGUUCACGGGCUUUUUCCGGCAGGGUGCUGAUGAGACUGAAGCAGUCUUCACCAACACCGUCAAUAAAUACGUUCUGUACAUUGUGUACAUAUUCAUCGCCAAGAUGUGUCUUUUGUACAUCGCGAAUCUUGGCCUCCGGACAACGAGUCUACGGAUAUCAUCCGCGAUCAGACUGGCCUACCUCAAAGCCCUCUUUCACCUUCCCAUAUCUACACUAGACAUGAUUCCACCGGGGCAAACUGCAGCCAUCGUCACAAUGACAGCCAAUUCUCUGCAGGCCGGUAUCUCCGAGAGGUUGGGCAAUCUGUGCUCCAGUCUUUCAGUAGUCGUUACGGGUCUGAUACUGUCGCUCGUCUUUGACUGGGCCCUCACCAUGGUCGUUGGUUUGGGUUUGGUCCUAGUGGUUCUUGUGUACACGUUUGCCACUGGUGCUGUGGCCAGCAAGAUGGCCGAUAUCCAGAACACCGAUAUCCAGUCUGCUUCCGUGGCCACUGAUGCGUUGACCUCCAUUAAGAUGUUGGUUGCCUGUGGAGCGGAAUCAAAACUGCUGAAUCGUUAUUCGGAAGUGGUCGACAAGACUCGGCGAAUUGGUGCUCAGAUGGCAUGUUUGUUGGGUGUGCAGCACGGGCUCAUCUACUUGAUCAUCAACAUCACAUUCGCCUUUUCCUUCUGGGUUGCGCUUGAGAUGUAUCAAUAUCAGCUUCUGGGCGCAAGCGGCCCCCAGUCCGUGAUAGUUGUCCUUCUCUGCGUGAUGACCAUCGCCUCAUCAGUGGGCCAGAUCACAGGUCCAUUGACGGCGGCCUCACAAGCAGGAGAGGCCUGUGCAAUAUUUCACACCAUCAUCGAUGCACCCAAAACGACAUACGGCACAGAUGUGAUUGGGGAUGCCGGUGCUGAAGACAUCGUGCUGCACAAUGUCCAUUUUACCUAUGCAUCCAGACCCGAUGUCAAAAUCCUGGAUGACUUGUGUCUUUCCUUUCCCGCUGGUAAGAUGACUGCUAUUGUCGGCCCGUCCGGCUCAGGCAAGAGCACCAUCGUUGGAAUUCUACAGCGAUGGUACGAGUUCAAUGGAGAUCCAGUUGCCAAUCCCACAGUUCUCUGGUUUCGGCAUGGAAUUGUCGCAAUCGGUAAACGGUUACUCUCCGAGCUUGACAUAAAGUGGUGGCGAAAUCAAAUUGGCCUUGUCCAACAAGACACCAUACUCUUCAAUACAACCAUUCACAAGAAUGUCGAGUACGGGCUGCUUGGAACACCGUGGGAAAAUGCAAGCGAUCACAAAAAAGCAAUGAUGAUCCGAGCGGCAUGCAAAGAUGCCUUCGCAGAUGAGUUCAUUUCGAGGCUUCCAGACGGCUAUGAUACCAUGGUUGGGCAGUCUGGGCUCAAGCUCAGCGGUGGCCAACGCCAGCGCAUCGCCAUUGCACGCGCCAUCGUGAAACGGCCCAAUAUCCUCAUCUUGGACGAGGCAACGUCGGCGAUUGACGUCCACAGCGAGCAGAUACAGCUGGAAGAUGUUGCCGAUGCAUCUUAUUUCGAGGAGAAAAUUGAAGACCCGCGGCCACGGUGGAAACACGAGCCUGUGAGCAGUGUGUCAGACGAGUUCAGUGACGUUGAUUGCUCCGAAGGGACUCUUCUCAAUGAUGCAGAUAUUGAAGAAGGUUCAAGACCAAUCGUGAUCCAGAAACCAGAAGACAGCCGGCUUGGUAGCUUCGGCACACUAUUAUACGAGCAGCGAGCCAAAUGGAUACCGUACACCUUGGCAAUCACCCGUACAUACCGCAAGGAAUAUUUUGGCAACAUCCUCAAGAAACCAAUGUCCUUUUUUGACAACAGCCAAGAAAAUUCAAUUGGCGCCUUGGUGGGUCGCAUCGCAGCUGACCCUUUCCACCUUCAGCAACUCCUGGGAGCCAACAUGGCAGCCAUGCUUGUCUCACUCAUCAACGUGCUGGGCUGCGUAGGCAUAUCCCUUGCCUUCGGGUGGAAGUUGGCACUUGCAGCCUUCGGUACAUCAAUGCCUGUUAUCAUUUUUGCCACAGUCUACCGCAUACGCCAUGAGCGCAAAUUGGAUGCCAUGGGGGCCAUCGUGUUCGCCGAGAGCGCCGCGUUCGCAGCCGAGAGUAUUGCAGCCAUGCGUACCGUUUCAAGCUUGACGAUGGAGGAGAGUGUGUGCAAUCGCUACGAUAAUGUCCUCCGGAAGCAUGUGAAGGAUGCUUUUCGUGAGGGCGUUCUGUCAAUAUGGCUUUUCUCUUUUAGUGACAGCAUCGCAUUGCUUUGUAUGGCAUUCGUUCUCUGGUUGGGAACACGACUCUUGGCAUCACAUGAGUACACGCCAUUUCAAUACAUUCUUGUUUAUAACGCCGUAGUACAAGGCGCUUUGGCUACUGGAGCAUGGCUGAGCUUUGGACCAAAUAUCGCCGCAGCAACAGCGGCUGCCGACCGGGUACUGGCAGCCCGGGAAGAUCACGACGACGAUGAUUUCCCGACGUUUGACGCAAUCAGCGGAAAUGAUGACUCUGCUGAAGAAUCAGAGAAAGGCAUCGCGUUCGACUUCAGGAACGUCUGGUUCAGCUACCCAACACGGCCAGAAGUUAGAAGAGGUGAGGUCGCGGCGAUUGUGGGAUCGUCCGGGUCUGGCAAGACCACGGUCAUCUCGCUCAUCGAGAGAUUUUACAGAGCCCAAUCCGGAUACGUGCGAUACAACGGAAGGCAUAUUGAUGAGUUGGACCUGGCAUCCUACAGGUCAGACAUGUCUCUCGUCGCACAAGAGCCUUGCCUCUUCAGCGGCUCUAUCCGGGAGAACAUCAUGCUUGGCGUCGUUCGACACGACCAAGACGACGAGGACCAGAUCGGCGAUGAUGAUCGCAUGCAUGCAGCCGCCCGCGCUGCUGGGAUCCAUGAUUUCGUGGUGUCUCUACCAGAGGGCUACGAGACUGACAUCGGCACCGCCGGUGUGGCGCUGUCUGGGGGCCAGAAGCAACGCGUUUCUAUUGCACGUGCCCUGGUCCGCAAUCCUAGCGUACUGCUUCUAGAUGAAGCGACCAGCAGCUUGGAUAGUGAGACAGAACGCAUGAUCCAGGAGGUAUUCUAUUCCGAGAGAGGAAAGAGGACCAUUCUCAUGAUUGCGCACCGCCUGGCGACCGUCCAAAACGCCGAUGUCAUUUUUGUGAUGAACGAUGGCGUCGUGGUGGAGAAGGGGAGUCAUGCGAGCUUGAUAAGCCAGCGCGGGCUGUAUUAUCAAAUGGUGAGUCUCACCCACUGUGGUGGAAAUUGUGCAUUGGAUGUGUGCUAA